GCCAUUUUCAUCAUCCGUUUAAAUAAACCAUUUAUUCCCACUCUUCAUUUUCAUCGGAAAACACCACCUCUCUAUCUUCCACCCACUCUUCCUCCACCACGUUGAAAUCAAAGGUUUUGAGUGAGAGAAAAAUGGUGCCGAAAAAUGACGUCACGGAAGAUCCCUUGGCAGAUUCGCCUACUUCAGUGCUUAAAGAAGAGGACAUUGGCAAGGAGAAAGAUGGGGUGAAGGUUGAAGAGGAAUCAAUUAUUGAUGCCAAAAAUGGGGACUCUUUCCUCAUAUCAGAUGCAAUGGCAGAGGAGGAAGCUAAACUUGAACAACAAAGGCAACAGGAAGAAGACACCGUGCAAACGGAAGCACCCAACUUGAACGACACACAAUAUACAAAACUGGAUGAGCUUCUUACUCAGACUCAGCUUUACUCUGAGUUUUUGUUGGAGAAAAUGGAUGAGAUCACUAAUAAUGGGGUGGCAGAAGAUGUUAAUGAUGAGGAGGAGCCGAAGAAAGGCCGAGGAGGUAAAAAAAGAAAAGCUGCCUCAACUGUCAACACGAGGAGGGCCAAGAAAGCUGUUGCGGCCAUGCUAACUCGAUCUGAAGAAGGCGACCCCACUAAAGAUCUGAACCUCAGUAGGGAAGAAAGAACUGCAAAAGAGCAGGCUGAGCUUGUUCCUUUGUUGACUGGUGGACAGUUAAAACCUUAUCAACUUAAAGGGGUCAAAUGGCUAAUCUCACUCUGGCAAAACGGGCUUAACGGAAUUCUUGCUGACCAAAUGGGGCUUGGCAAGACAAUCCAAACCAUUGGUUUCCUUGCACAUCUUAAAGGGAAGGGCUUAGACGGGCCGUACUUGGUUAUCGCCCCUUUGUCUACUUUGUCAAACUGGUUUAAUGAGAUAUCAAGGUUUGUGCCCUCCAUGAAUGCCGUUAUCUACCAUGGUAGUAAAAGUGAAAGGGAUGAAAUAAGGAGAAAGCACAUGCCGAAAACAGUAGGCCCAAAGUUUCCCAUUGUCAUCACCUCAUAUGAAAUAGCGAUGUAUGAUGCUAAGAAAUUUUUGAGGCAUUACAAUUGGAAAUAUCUCGUGGUUGAUGAGGGUCACAGAUUGAAAAACUCUAAAUGUAAGUUAUUGAGAGAAUUAAAGUGGAUGCAUGUUGAAAACAAGCUUUUGCUGACUGGUACACCUCUGCAAAACAAUCUGGCAGAACUUUGGUCACUGCUGAACUUCAUCUUGCCUGAUAUAUUCUCAUCCCAUGAGGAAUUUGAAUCAUGGUUUGAUUUUUCUGGAAAGUCCAACAGUGAAGAAGCGGAAGAAGGGAGAAAAGCACAAGUUGUAGCAAAGUUGCAUGCUAUCCUGCGCCCUUUUUUACUGCGAAGAAUGAAAGAGGAUGUCGAGCUUAUGCUUCCUCGCAAGAAAGAGAUUAUACUAUAUGCCACUCUUACCGAUCAUCAAAAGAACUAUCAAGAACAUCUAGUCAACAAGUCUCUGGAAGACCAUCUGCGAGAGAAAUUGGAUACCGGUCGUGGUACAAAAGGAAGGCUCCAUAAUCUGAUGAUUCAGCUUCGGAAAAAUUGCAACCAUCCUGACCUCUUAGAGGCAGAUUUUGAGGGUUCUUGUUUUUAUCCACCUGUGGAACAGAUAGUUGAACAAUGUGGAAAGUUUCAGUUGCUGGAAAAAUUGUUGCAAAAGUUGUUACCCCGCAAGCAUAAAGUUCUAAUUUUUUCCCAGUGGACUAAAAUAUUGGAUGUAAUGCAUUACUACUUCAGCGAGAAGGGUAUGGAAGUAUGCAGAAUUGAUGGCUGUGUAAAAUUGGAGGAGAGAAGACGACAGAUCCAGGAGUUCAAUGACCUGAAUAGUGACUGUAGAAUAUUCCUUCUGAGCACAAGGGCUGGUGGGUUAGGAAUCAAUCUUACAGCAGCUGAUACCUGCAUACUAUACGACAGUGACUGGAAUCCUCAAAUGGAUUUACAGGCAAUGGAUAGAUGCCAUAGAAUUGGUCAGACAAAACCCGUACAUGUGUACAGGCUUGCAACAGCCCUGUCUGUUGAGGGCCGAAUGUUGAAAAGAGCUUUUCGGAAGUUGAGGCUUGAGCAUGUGGUGAUUGGUAAAGGGCAAUUUCAACAGGAGAGGGUAACAAAGUCAAGUGGCAAUGAUUUCUUGGAGGAAGAGGACAUGUUAUCUCUUCUAAGAGAUGACGACGAUCCAGAAGACAAAAGGAUACAGACGGAUAUCAGCGAUGAGGAUCUUGAGAAGGUGUUGGACAGAAGCGAUCUGAUUGCUGCCGGGCCAGUAAAGGCAGAUGGAAAACCAGACUUCUUGACCUGCACACUUCCACUUAAAGGCCCUGGUUGGGAGGUGGUCAUACCCACAGCUAGUGGAGGGAUGCUCUCAACUGUUAACAAUUAAGCUGAAGAACCAACACUUCUUCACCGUUUUGCCCUGUUAGUUUCUUUUUAGUUUGCUAUAUGUGGGAUCUGGCCUGCCCUGUGGGGGGAAUUUUGCGCUUUUGUUGGCAUGCUUCCUGUUUUUUGGUAAGAAUGGGAUUUUGGGUGUAUAAUCAGAUUAUCAGUUAUCACUAGCAAGCUUUAUGUAAUUGACACUUUUGGCAAACAUGUUUUAGAGAGAAUGGGCAGAACAGGAAGUGUUAUAGAUAUCUCGUGGGGUUGACAUUAGUUUUAAUAUUAAUGAUAUUAAUGCCACUCGUGUAUAUUAGUUUAUUUUGUUUUGUUUUAUUCUAA